AUGAGUGGGUUGUCUAGCAGAGUCAUGAACAUGAAGUUCAUGCAACCGGACAGUGGUAGCAACUCGAAGUCGCCGGAACCUCACGAUCAAGCAAAGGUGAAAGACGCAUCUGAAUGGGGAUUACCAAAUUCCUCAAAGAUAAAAGCCAAAUUGAAAUCAAACAGGGUUGUUGAAUCGGUGGGCUAUUCCGGAAUCAAUUCUUUUGGUAGGGAAAGUUUUGCCAACGGUGAUGAGCCUGAACUGGACUCUACGCCAGUCAACCUCGGGAGAAGAACUUUUGGGAACGACAAAAAUGACAAGAAAGAAUCGCUGUUGGAUGUAGAUGAUAUAAAAGAAACUCAGAAAAAGAAUAAACCAAAGGAAGCAAAAAAAAUGACAAAAUUGGACCCAAAGAAAGCUUCUGGUAAUGAAAAACCUAUAGAAGAGCCUGAAUUGGGGACAAAAGCAUUCUUAGAAUCAUUAUUAAAUAAACCAGCUUCUGAUUCUAAUAAAACUGAUGCAAAGGCUCCCUCGAAUAAGAGGAAAUCGGACAACCAAGAAGAUUAUAAACCUGAAAUCAAAAACAAACGUAAAAGAUUCAGUAAUUUCAAAUAG